AUGAUAGAUACUGUUGGUGAUUCUACUGAUACUGAAAUAGGAUCAAUUACAAUACCAAAGGGCAUUCUCAAUGUUACAACUGAUGCUAAGAUAAAAGUAGCAUUCUCUCUAUAUGAGGAAACAGCAUUCUUUCCUAUCAGAGAUCCUCCUCCUAAUACAAUAGUGGGAUCAUCAGUCAUUAGUGCUAGAAUUGCUGGAGUGUCUGAUGGUACUCAACUACCUAAUCCAGUAGUAAUCACUCUUGCACUAAAGGCAAAUAACUUUAGUAAUCCUUGUUGUGUCUAUUGGGACUUUAAUGCUGCUGAAGGUAGAGGUAACUGGUCAACUGAUGGGUGCACUGUUGAAGCUGCUAACAGUUCAGUAACAUGUCACUGCAAUCAUUUGACUAACUUUGCUAUACUAGUAAGUUUUAAUUCUUCACACAGUGAAAGAAUGAAAAUUUCUUUGACUACCACAGAUGCAGUGAAAAUGGUUGCAUCAUUCAUCAGUAUAUUAAUACCUUUUGGUUUAACAUGGGUACUGGCUAUCUUCACUUUCAUCACAAAGCCUUCAGUUUCAUACGUCAUUCAAUUCUUUUUCUGUUUCUUCAAUGCCUUCCAAGGUUUCUUCAUUUUCCUGUUCUUUAUUGUCUUCAACAGUGAAUCAAGAAAUGCAUGGAACUUCUGCAGGGAAUCAGUCAGUAAAGAUAAAAUGCAGUCGACUGCAACCCAAGCAAGGUAG